AUGUACAGUCUAGACGGAGCCGAGCCUGGAGCAGGGGCAGAGAAGGGGCAGGCAGGGGUAGAGAGGGACAGGAGCAGAGAGGGGCAGGAGCAGAGAAGGGGCAGGAGCAGAGAAAGGACAGGAGCAGAGAAGGGACAGCAGAGAAGGGCAGGAGCAGAGAAGGGGCACAGGAGCAGAGAAGGAGGAGCAGAGAAAGGACAGGAGCAGAGAAGGGCAGGAGCAGAGAAAGGACAGGAGCAGAGAAGGGGCAGGAAGCAGAGAAAGGACAGGAGCAGAGAAGGCAGGAGCAGAGAAAGGACAGGAGCAGAGAAGGGCAGUAGAGCAGCAGGAGCAGAGAAGGGACAGGAGCAGAGCAGGAGCAGCAGCACAGGGCAGCGAGGGGCAGGGGCGAGGCGACGUGUCUGA